AUGGCGAACCUUGACCGUGAAGAGCGACCGUACAGUGAAUUGUCUGCAACGUGCCCCUCCAUUCUUCCUCUCCAGACCAUCGCAACAACGAGACUGGAAAACAACUGGUCAAGCAAAGACCAGAACGACAACAACAACACAAACCCCAAGAACGUCACUAAAAUGUCCUACUCAGGCAGACGCUCCUCCUCCUCCCGCUACUCCUUUUCCGGCGGCGGCACUUACUCCUCUUCCGGGGGCGGCGGUGGCUCUUCCUCGGGCGGCGGCGGCAGUGGCUCUUCUUCGGGCGGCGGCAGUGGCUACUCCGACUCCAUCCCGACCGCGGGUUACGCUGUCGACACGCCCUCUUACACCGUCACCAGCGGCGGAAGCGGAGGAUCCUACUACACCUCUUCUAAUGGCCAAUCCGGAUACUCGGGCUCUGAGCCUCCUUCCUACUACUCCUCCUCCUCGUCUGGCAAUGCUGCUCCUCCUCCGUCUUACUACUCUUCUACUUCGGGAGGUGGCGGCUCUUCCCGCUACUCCUCUGCCUCGGGAGGUGGCUCUUCGUCUGGUGGCGGUAGUGCCGGUGGCGGUUACUCCGACUACAUCCCGACCGCGGGUUACGCUGUCGACACGCCCUCUUACACCGUGACCUCUGGUGGUAGCGGCGGGUCCUACUACACUUCUUCUAAUGGCCGGUCCGGAUAUUCGGGCUCUGAGCCUCCGUUUUACUACUCGUCGUCCGGCGGCGGCGGCAGUGGUGGUAGCUCUGGAUACUCCGGUGGUGGUAGCUCUGGCUACUCCGGUGGCGGCGGUUCUUCUUCGGGACGUGGGUCUUCGAGCUACUCUGGUGGUGGCGGCGGUAGCUCUGGAUAUUCUGGAGGUGGCAGUUCGUCGUAUUACAGCAGUCGCUAA